CAUGGUCAGAUAGAUGUCAAGAAAAGAUAUUUUGGUCUCCUAAGAGGGAUAUAUAAUCGACAGUUUAUAAAUUUAUGUAAAUUUUUACCCAAAGGUUUGAAUUUUAUUUAAAUUUUUUUACCAACUAUAUAGCUAACUGACAUUGAAAUUAGCAAUAAAUGAUUAAAAAAUGUAUAACUAUUUUCACUGUUUCAUUACAGGUUUUAUAGUCUGUUGGUUAUUUGAUUAUAAGUAGUCUGGAUAUACCAUUAUAAAAUAGGAUGGCAGAAGGAAAUGGAAGAGAUCUACCUCGCUCAUAUCUUAGAAGAUGGAGAAUGUAUAACACUGAGGUAGAAAACUUGGCUUGCCUAAGUGAUGAUGAGGAAAGUGUGUCAAGCCAUGUAUCAGCUGUACAAGAAGGUUCAGAUAGAAUGCAUGAAUUGUCUGAAAGUCAGAGCAGUAACAUUAAUAUUAAUCAUGAAUAUGGCAACAAUGAAAAUGAAGCGAGUAGUGAUAAUGUCGAAAGCAGUAAUGAUGAAGAAAUAAGUAGUGAAGAAGAACAGAGUAGUGAAAAUGAUAGUUCUGGAAGUAGCCGAGUAUCAAGUGAAGAUGAACAAUCUGAUUCUGAUAAUAAUGAUCUUUGUAAAGAUUUAGCUGAAUGGGCCACUGAGAACAAAACAUCAAGAGAUGGCUUAAAUUCUUUGUUAUUUAUCUUUAGAAAAUAUGGACACCGCGUUCCAAAGGAUUCUAGAACACUGUUAAAAACUCCUCGACAUAUCGAUAUAAAUAAAAAAUGUGGAGGUGACCAUAUAUAUUUAGGAAUUGAAAGUGGUAUUUUAAAAAUUUUGACUCAAAACGCAAGACAUUUUACAAGAAAUAAUGAGCUGUUGUUAGAUUUUAACAUUGAUGGUGUCCCACUUUUUAAAUCAUCAAACACACAGUUUUGGCCUAUAUUAUGCAGUUUGUCAAAAUAUGAACCUUUUAAAGUGGCUUUAUACUGUGGAAAUUCCAAGCCAAAUUCUGUGCAGGCUUAUUUGUCAGAUUUUUUAGGAGAGUUGGAAAAUUUAAAAACGCAUGGAAUAACUUUUAAUGAAAUUUUAUACACCGUCAAAUUAAAUGCUUUUAUAUGUGAUGCUCCAGCCAGGUCCUUCAUAAAAUGUACUGUAGGUCACAAUGGUUACUACAGCUGUGAAAGAUGUACCAUUAGGGGUGAGUGGAAUGGCCGUGUUGUUUUUAAUUCAUCUGAUAACAGUCCUCCAUUGCGAACUGAGGAGGAAUUUAGAGCAUGCCUAUACAGCAACCAUCAAACAUCACGCUCACCAUUAAUAGAUGCAGGACUGUUUUGCAUAAAUACCUUCCCACUUGACUACAUGCAUUUAGUUUGUCUAGGUGUAGUGAAGAGGAUUCUUAUGUUCCUGAAGCAAGGUCCAAGGGAGUGCAAGUUGUCACAACAACAACUUAAAUUGAUAUCAGACAAACUAAAAAACCUCCGUGGGAAAAUGCCAAGGGAGUUUGCUAGACAGCCACGUUCUCUUGAAUUGGACAAAUGGAAAGCAACAGAAUUCAGACAACUCAAUUAA